AAGAGGAGUUGAUUGCACUGUACGAGAAGAAGAAGGGCGAAUCGUCAUCCGGUAUGGUUUCAGUGCUUCUGACUGAGCAGCUGAAGCGGGUGAGGGAGGUGCUGACGACCUGGAAGGAAGUGGACGAACGUGUCUCCAAGCUGUGCCCUUCUGAGAAUGCUCUGGAGGACACCUCAACUGACACUGCCUGCAGCACUACUGGUACGAUCACGGAUGGGCUGGUUGGCUUUUUGUCCGGCAACUUCUCUAAUGACACAUGGAAGGACGAGUACCUCGGGGUGAACGCCACAGUAACGAAUGGGGCGGAGAAAACGGAUAACGGCGUAACAUUUAAAGGGCGUGGUGCGUGGGCGGAGUGGCCUGUUGGCAAGCAAGGGGAGAAUCAGCUGUACCACUUUGCGAACCACAAAUUCACUCUUGUGGCGACGGUGUCCUUCCACGGUGAGCCGAAGGAGGGAGUUACCCCUAUUCCAUUGAUGGGUGCGAAGAUGAAUGACAAUGAGAAUCCAGUUCUUUUGGGACUGUCGUACAACAACAAAGAAAAGAAAUGGAUAUUACUGUGCGAUGGCAGAGAGAACAAGAAGUACAGCAGCGAUUGGGAGACAAAGACAUCAGAACACGUGGUAGUUUUGCUACGGAACGGCAACCAGAGCUCUGCGUACGUCGAUGGUCAGCCUGUGGGUGGGGAUGAAGAAUGUGUACUGAAAAUUGCGGAUUCGAAGGAGAUCUCACACUUCUACAUUGGAGGGGAUGGAGGCCGCGCAGAGGGCCAAGAAGGCGUGUCUGUGACUGUGAGGAACGUCCUGCUGUACAACCGCCCGUUGAGUUCCGCAGAGAUUACCGCGCUUGCCAAAAAUAAAAUUACUAUUCCGAAGCCGGAAGGUCCGACGACAUUGGUGGACACUCAAUCACCAGCGACAAGUGCACCAGAUGUGCAGCUAGCCCUGCCCCGACCUAAUUCUGCCGGGCAACUGCCAUUGGAGGAGGAACCGUUGAAGGCGAAUAUUGGUGCUGGUGCUGGCGGUGUAUCCAGUGCAGCUUCCGUUACUACUUCUUCAGCAGAUGCAAACACUCCUGCCUCUAAUGGCGAGGGGAAAGUUGAACCUGCAGUGAAAAAGGAGAUGAGCGUGAACUCUGGUGAGGAUUGGGAGACGGCGGAAGGAACGGAUGGGCAGAAGGAAGGGGUACACUCACAGGUCAGGGAAGUAAAUGCUGCGGCACUCAACGGCAGCCUCGGAAAUUUGUCGCAGGGGAAUAACAGCGAUGGCGGCACCAUGCGUGGGAGCGGACUGCUGUCGUUCCUCCUUCUUCUGUUGGGACUGUGGGGGUUUGCGGCUCUGUGA